AUGAAACGUAUCCUUAUUCUUGAUGAUGUUGAAGUACCGGGUAUUGUAACUCGCUUCAAUUAUGUGGAUUUUAUCAAUGAUGAUGAUGAAAAAGUUCAAUUAUUCAUAUUUACAAGUACAAACGGUGUAUCAGAGAUCGACAAGAAAAGUUCGCAUCUAAUCGAAUAUAAAGAAGUUGAUCAUCCAAGUACAGAUGGAACAUUAGAAAUAUGGGCAAAUGAAAUUCAGCACAAAUAUUCACUAACACAUAUUUACACAAAGAAUGAAGAACUUAUCAUUCGUGCUGCUUAUUUGAGAAAUUUAUUUGGAAUAAAAAAUGGUCUUCAAUCGGAAGAUGUCGCAUUCUACCGUGAAAAGGUUAAAAUGAAAGAGUGUGCUAGACAAGGGGGAUUUCUUGUACCGAAUUUUGAACGUAUAUUAGCACCUGCCACAAUUCUGAAAUUUAUCGAACAAUACGGAUAUCCCGUAGUAAUCAAACCAACAAUGGGCUGUGCUGUGUCCGGAGUAGAAGUAAUAAAAGAUGAAGAAGAACUAAAAGUCUAUUUCAAAAAAAAACUAUUUAGUUCAAUCGAUUUAGGGCAACGAGCUGAUUUUGUUGGUGAAACAAUGAUUGAAUCGUUUGUUAAUGGACGAAUAUAUAAUGUCAACGGAUAUGCUUACCAUGGUCAAAUUCAACAAAUUUGGCCGUUUGAAUAUUUGCACACAUGUCUAGAAUUUGCAUUACACGGAAAAGCCUACGGGAAUUCAUCAAUUCGUUCAAAUGAACCACUGUAUACCCAGUUAAAAGAUGCUGCACAAAACUUGUUAAGCAUCCUUCCUACACCUGAUAAUCUCGUCUUUCAUUUGGAACUCUAUGAAAAUGUGAAUUUUAAUGGAACAAAUGGUCAAUUUAUUCUGUGUGAAAUAGCUGCAAGGGGUCCCGGUGGGAGUAUUGGUGCUCUGAUUGACAUAAUCGAAGGUGAAAGAUUUGCAGAAAUAGAUUUUAGAGUGAGUAACGAAUUACCCGUUAGUAAAAAACAGAAAGAAAAAUUGGAUAUUAUUGUUAGUGAUUUGGUGAUACCUCGUCAAAAGGGAAAAUUAAUGUACAUACCAUUAGAAUGUCCUAUUCAAGGUAUAAACUAUAUUCCAAUUGCAAAAUGUGUGUCCUCUUAUACCAAAUAUGAUGUGAAUACGACAAAUAGUGCAUGUCGAAUGGUAGCGGUGGGAAAUGACAGAGAAGAAACACAAAAAUUAGUUUAUAAAGGUUUAGAAUGGUUCGAGUCAUCAUGUAUUAUAACGAAUGACAAUGAUUCAUCGACGCAAACACUCAGUAAAGAAAUAUAUCGAUUUCUUCAUAAAUUAUUUCUUUAG